AUGGCGAAAAAAGCAGUGUUAAUAGGGUGCAAUUACAAAGGCACAAAAGCUGAGCUCAAAGGCUGCAUUAACGACGUCCGGCGAAUGCACCGUUGUUUGAUCGACCGGUACGGCUUUUCUGACGAUGACAUUUCCAUUCUAAUCGACACAGAUAAAUCUUCUACUCAACCUACCGGCAAAAACAUCCGGAAAGCGCUCUCUAAUCUCGUUCGAUCCGCUUCUUCUGGCGACAUUCUGUUCGUUCAUUAUAGCGGUCAUGGCACGCGUCUUCCGGCUGAGACUGGGGAGGAUGAUGAUACUGGUUAUGAUGAGUGCAUUGUGCCAACUGAUAUGAAUCUUAUUGCGGAUGAUGAUUUCAAGGAGCUUGUAGACAGAGUACCUCGUGGAUGUAGAAUAACAAUCGUAUCAGAUUCUUGCCACAGUGGUGGCCUCGUUCAAGAUGUUGAAGAACAGAUAGGAGAGAGCACUAAUUCUUCUUCUGAUAAGAAGGAUGAGUCAAGUUCCGGUUUUAAGAACUUUUUGCAUCGCACUGUGGAUGAUGCACUUGAAUCUCGUGGAGUGCACCUCCCAUCUGGACUCCGCCCUCAUCGUGGACAGAAAGAAGAUGUUGAUGAUGAAGAAGUUGACCUAGGAUAUGGGGAUCGAGGCUACGUGAAGAGCAGAUCCUUGCCCGUCUCUACCCUUGUAGACAUACUCAAACAGCAAACUGGCAAAGAUAAUGUUGAUGUUGGGAAUCUGAGGCCAACCCUCUUUGAUGUCUUUGGAGAUGAUGCAAGUCCCAAAGUCAAAAAGUUUAUGAAUUUUAUUUUUGGCAAAGUUCAAAGUGGUGGUAAUGGAGAAGGCGGAGGGGGAUUAAUGGGGAUGGUGGGAGAAUUCAUCAAGAAAAAGCUCAAUGACAACGACGAGGGCUAUGCAAAACCUGCAUUGGAGGCAAAGGUAGGUAGUAAGCAAGAUGUUUACGCGGGAGCAAGCAAAAAGGCACUUCCAGAAGGUGGAGUCAUGAUAAGUGGUUGCCAAACUAACCAAACAUCUGCUGAUGCUAGCCCUUGUGGAAACUCUUCUGAAGCUUAUGGCGCUCUCAGCAAUGCAAUUCAGGCCAUAGUUAAAGCGAAAGGCGGGCAUGUUACUAAUCACGAGCUCGUUACCAAGGCCAGGGAAAUGCUGAAGAAAGAGGGCUACACCCAGCGUCCUGGUCUUUACUGCGACGAUCACUAUGUGAACAGUAGUUUCAUUUGUUAGUACAUUUUACAAUGAAGCAAUUGCUCUGAGUUAUUUUCAUGACUGCUGAUAAAAUUGUAAUGACCAACUGGUUUUGCU